AUGCGUGUUGUAAUCAAUUCGACGCUUUCUGCCUACCGCACCCCCAAUUCAUCAGUUUUAGUUGUGUUGGGAUUGAUCAUUGGUCAAUGUUUCUGUCUUCCAAUGCUCGGAGAGAUCCAUCACACUCCAACGCUCGCGGAGGGGGUAGGGUCAGAGAUACACGAAAACCAUUGGAGUGCUUUGACACUGAAACAAUUGGGUAGCACUAUAUCUGGCCAACGUGCUGGCCCCGAUGGAGGUCCAAGUAAGAUUCAUCAAGUGCCAGAAGCAAUUUUGGCGCCCGACUUGCCUAGCGCCCUGGAAAACGAAGUAUUGAAACCAUUAGAAAUGCUCACAAACCACGAAGUCACUGGUUUCACUCAAGAAGCUACUGAAGCUCUUUCACUUCAUAUCGCUUAUCUCGAUAAGUUCAUCACAGAAUAUAUGAGAUCUCCCACAAACCCCAACCUGCCAGGUGCCCGGAUAGCCUCAGAUUUCUUGCAGAGGACCGAAACAGUCAUGGAAAUCUUGCGGACAUCAAAAAGCACAUUUUUUCAUAUCGACAAAGCGGGCGCUCCCCGCAAGAUAUUAGCACUUGACCAUCUGAACGAAGCCCUCGUCAGAUUUCUAAUCAUCUUUGAAAGGCACAACCUUGCUUCUCCAGAGUGGCUAAAAGAUCUAUUAAACAAGGAAAAAGGAGUUGAAAUCAUAUUCAACUACGUCGCGCGCAGGUUUCCAGGGCUGAGAGAUCACAUCGAUGUCACCAGUGCUUAUUUGAUCACUGACUUUAAGAAAGCCCUUCAAGAAAGCCCUUUCACUGCAGAGCUCAAAAAACUCUUGGAAUACUUCGAUCGUCCAGGCUGGCACCGGCUAGAGCACUUACACAUAAGCAGCCAGUUAUCUGCGUUCGAACGUUCCUUUGAUCCGGAGGUCAUCAGGGCUCCGGUUUAUAGUUUUCCACCGCGAUUCAUGGAGCUCACAAAAGCUGGCUGGUUGGAUACGGAUUACCGAGAUUACCCGGACUACCAGGCGGACAUUAAGACCUUGAUUUCAAGCGUGGUGCACCAGAUCUACCCCAUCAGCAUGCAAUCCAGCAAGAUCAACAGAUCGCACCCGAGCAUUAAGAUCGUGUCCUUGAAAAUCUUACACAGCAUGCUGCGAUUCUUGGCCCGAUAUCAUAUCUAUGAAGGUCCAACGGAGGAGGGGAGGAUUUUGCCUCAGCUAACUGAAUCGAUGAAUGUUGUAUGGCUCGAAGAGUUCGAUAGAACAAUCAUACUAUUCUCUGAUACACUCAAAACAAUCUAUCUUGAUUAUGGCGAGAGCAUGCAAGACCAAGACCUGAUUUGGGAAAUCGACAAAUCUAUCCCAAUGAUUUACUUGACGGACAUCAUCGACACUCAGCCUUGGAUAUUCUCAGCUCGGCGUUUCGGACUUUCUAUCGAUGCUCAGACAAAACGUAACGUUCUUAAAUAUUAUCCUCAACUUCCUCUUUUUGCACAGAUGACCAAAAACAUUUUGGAACAUCUUGCCACUACCGCAAAUCUCGAGUCACGUGAUCGGCUCAGAGUAAUGCAAGGAAUUCUUCUCCAUCCUGAGAGUUAUAUCAAUGCGUGA